AUGGAUUUACUUAGAAUUGUGGUUGCUCUUGUAACAUUUUAUCAAAAGUUAUGUAGCCAUGCAGUUGAAGCAAUUAGUUUGUCAAAAGAAGAACAUGCAAAAUUGAAGAGAGAGCUCAAGAGUAUAAACAAGCCCUCUGUUAAAACAAUUAAGACUAAGCAUGGAGACAUCUACAAUUGCGUAAAUAUAUACAAGCAACCAGCUCUAAAUCAUCCAUUACUCAAGAAUCACAAAGUUCAGAUAUCACCAAGUUCAGCUCUGUUGAGAAAUUUAAGAGCAUCCAGCAAUAAACCUUCUUCAACAGUUAAUCUUGUGAAAAUAGGAUUUGAAAAUGGGUCCCCCGAAGCAGGAACAGUCCUCAUGCAAAGAACUUCGAAAGAAGAGCUGAUAAGAACUAAAUCUCAUUUUAGGAGACUCAUCAAUGUAGAUGAUGAUUCAAUCAAACCAGACGGCACUGGGUAUGAAGUAAGUAUUCUUAUGUGA